AGGGCUUUGUAUCUUGGACUUCUAUAUGUUGGUUCACUUGUAGUACUUCUUGUUUAUUCUAUCCUGUAUGGUCUGACAGCAAAGGAAUUAAACUGGCUUGGGGCUACAACAUCAGCUGCCGUGAUAAUCCUUGAUUGGAACUUGGGAGCUUGCUUGUAUGGUUUUAAGCUUUUGAAAAGUCGAGUCGUCGUACUUUUUGUUGCCGGUACAUCUCGGGUAUUCCUGAUCUGUUUUGGAGUUCAUUACUGGUACUUUGGACAAUGUAUCAGUUAUGCAGUUGUAGCAUCUGUGCUGUUGGGUGCUGCUGUUUCAUGGCAUUUAUCAGUUACAGAUCCAUUAGAAUCUAGACGAGAUGCCUAGCAGAGACAGUUAUCUGACUUAGAGAAGGUUUCCGCAGAGAAGACCAAAAUAGCUCCGCAAGCUCUUCUAAAGGGUGUGGCUCAAGUGUCAAACGCAGUAGUAGUGCUGAUGCUGGUCACUUGGUAAUGCAACUGUGCCUUGCACUGGUGAUGGCAGUACCUGGAAUAACACUGAGGGGAUUAAUAGUGAUAAGAGUAUAGACAGUGGAAGACCAAGUCUAGCUCUACGUAGUAGUUCCUGUCGUUCAGUUGUUCAAGAGCCUGAAGUAGGAUCAUCAUAUGUUGACAGAAAUUUAGAGCAUAAUAGUUCAUUGGUUGUUUGUUCUAGCAGUGGCCUUGAAAGCCAAGGCGGUGAUUCUAGUACAUCCACUUCUGCAAACCAACAGAUACUGGACUUGAAUUUGGCACUUGCAUUUCAAGAAAAGUUGAGUGAUCCCAGGAUUACAUCUAUGUUAAAGCGGAAAGGAAGACACACUGAUCGUGAAUUAGCUAAUUUAUUGCAAGAUAAAGGACUUGAUCCUAAUUUUGCAGUGAUUCUGAAGGAGAAUGGAUUGGACCCAAUGAUUCUAGCCUUGUUGCAGAGAAGUAGUUUGGACGCUGAUCGAGAACAUCGCGACAGUAACCCUCCUGUCACUGAUUCAAAUGAUGUUGAGGAUGUGUUACCUAAUCAUAUUUCAUUCUCGGAAGAACUUAGACUCCAAGGAUUAGGAAAGUGGCUUCAACGUUGUAGAGUAAUGUUGCAUCAUGUAGCAGGAACUCCAGAGCGAGCAUGGCUUCUUUUCAGUUUAAUCUUCAUUCUUGAAACCGUCGUUGUGGCUAUCUUCCGACCAAAGACAAUAAAACUUUUGAAUGCUACACACCAACAGUUUGAAUUUGGCAUCGCGGUUCUCCUUUUGUCUCCUGUUGUCUGUUCUAUUUUGGCCUUCCUACGGUCGCUGCAGGCUGAAGAUUUGUCCAUGACUUCAAAGCCUCGGAAGGUAUUUACAUUUUUGGUUCUUUGCCUACGAUUAUCUGUUUUUUCUCCCAAGUAUCUUGUUGCUAUUUGAGGUUUUGGUUGUGAU